CUCCCACCGGCAUCAUAGACCAGAGGAAGAAACAGGAAGCGUAGCCCUGUAGCCGGAUGUUCGGAGAGCUGGGAGGAACAACAAAGAGGAGGAGGACGGAGUUCUCGGGCUUUAAACCUCUCCCCUAAAUGCCAACAAACACGUUACCGGUCAUUUGUUAAAGUUCAGAGGUCCUGGUUUGCAUGAAGACAAGCAUCCACCAAGCCAGCCAUGGCGAACAACGCAGAGGAUGUUGAAAACAAUGUGCAGGACCAGCCCGAGCCCGCCGCAGGCCCAGAACCCCGGCGGCAGCAGCAGGGGGGGACACGGUUGCGGUCCAGAGGCAGUUCCAGCGCUGGUGGAGGUGAGGGUGGAGGACCCGAGCAGAACGGGCAUCCGCCCGCCGCCCGUCCAUCCGUGCAGGAGGCAGAGGAAGACGAGGAUGAGGAGAUGACCCUGAAAUACGGCGCCAAGCACGUCAUCAUGCUCUUCGUCCCCGUGACGCUCUGCAUGGCUGUCGUCGUGGCAACCAUAAAAUCCGUCGGCUUCUACACUCGAAAGGACGGACAGAGACUGAUUUACACGCCGUUCCCCGAGGACACGGACACGGUGGCUGAAAGAGCCGUGAACUCCAUCCUGAACGCCACCAUCAUGAUCACUGUAAUCAUCGUCAUGACGCUGGUGCUGGUGCUGCUGUACAAGUAUCGCUGCUACAAGGUUAUCCACGGCUGGCUCUUCCUCUCCUCCCUCUUACUCCUCUUCAUCUUCUCCUACAUGUACCUCCAUGAAGUUUUUAAGACCUACAAUGUGGCCAUGGACUACUUCACCCUGGUGAUCAUCAUCUGGAACUUCGGCGUGGUGGGCAUGAUGUGCAUCCACUGGAAGGGACCUCUGCGUCUGCAGCAGGCCUACCUCAUCAUGAUCAGCGCCCUCAUGGCGCUGGUCUUCAUCAAGUACCUGCCGGAGUGGACCGCCUGGCUCAUCCUGGCCGUCAUAUCCAUCUACGAUCUGCUGGCGGUUCUUUGUCCUAAAGGACCUCUGAGGAUCCUGGUCGAGACGGCUCAGGAGCGGAACGAGCCCAUCUUUCCCGCUCUCAUCUACUCCUCUACAAUGGUAUGGCUGGUCAACAUGGCCGACACGGGCGGUCCGAGGCGGGACUCCACUGAGGUGGCUCCGCCCCCACAGGAGACCCCUGAAGCGGCGGCGCCGGAGCCGGCGGAGUCUCCGCCCCCCGUGAGUCUGUCGCAGGACGACGGGGGCUUCACCCCCUCCUGGGUCAGCCAGCAGGAGCACCAGCUGGGGCAGCUGCAGUCCACCGAGGAGAGCCGGCGGCAGAUCCAGCAGAUGCCCACGGCCCGCCCCCCCACGGAGGAGGACGAGGAGGAGCGCGGCGUGAAGCUGGGGCUGGGAGACUUCAUCUUCUACAGCAUGCUGGUGGGGAAGGCGGCGGCCAGCGGCGACUGGAACACCACGCUGGCCUGCUUCGUGGCCAUCCUGAUCGGCCUGUGUCUGACCCUGCUGCUCCUCGCCAUCUUCAAGAAGGCGCUGCCCGCUCUGCCCAUCUCCAUCUUCUUCGGCCUGGUCUUCUACUUUGCCACGGACAACCUGGUGCGACCCUUCAUGGACAAGCUGGCGCUGUACCAGUUCUACAUUUAGCAGCACGCCGUGACCCCCCGCCCCCCACCGCGCCCUCACACCGGCACAAGAGCACGUCAUGUCGCUCAACUUCCCACUAGAGACAAAUCCACCGCCCUCAACGAAAGCCAAGAUUCUCAAAGCCUUCACCGGACGAGCGGACCGUCGGCGCCGGUUCCGCUCCGAUUCUGCGGCGUCUGAUUGUAGAGGACGCGGCGGUGGGAUGGGUUUGGGAGGGGGUCAGAUCGGUUGAAAAGAGGGAGCAACUUACAAGUUUUAUUGUAAAACGUCCGGAGGUGGGACGGCACCGCCGGGGCAGCCGAGGGUUCAGUGCCUUGCUCAAGGGCAUUUCAUUCUUUACCUGUAGUAGUCGUUGCCGUGUGACUCCAUCACGGGGGUACCUGCUUCAUCCUGGGGGGUGGAGUCUUUUUGUUUUCUCGUUGUGUCCAAGGAUUGUAACAAACUCUAAACCUUGAGCUGCAGCUCACCUGGAGGCUCACCUGGUGCUGUUCGGACCUAAGCCCCGCCCCCAUCGCUCGCUCAGCUUCCUGCAGCUGCACGCUCCUUUUCUUUUCUUCAUGAGGAACUGAGACGUUCUUCAGUCGACCUGGAGAAAUGUUUUCUGCAGGAACGGCGUUUGUUUGAUCACUGAAAACGGAUUCUGUUCUGAUUCUGAACUUAAGAGUUUGAAAUUUUACUGCUUUAAAAAAAAGAUUCUGUAAAAAUAUCAGAAGAUGACUGAUGGACCAUUUGUUGCACUCAAGUUUGAUUCUCGCAGAUGAAACACAAACUAGACGGGAGGAAAUCAUUUCUCUGAGCCGGCUUCUUUCCCUCCUGUUUUUUUUUUGUUUUUGGUUAUUUGAGGAGUUUUUGGUGAUUUGCUUUUCCCGUCUCUCACAUGCAUAUGUGUUAUGCAAAGUCAUUCAGAGUUUGUUCUUUUUUAAUAAAAUGUGAAACAGAAAA